AUGUCGUUCUUCAACUCACUAGGCCGAUCCAUGGGUCGAAAUUCACGGCCCAAGAAAUCACCGACCCAUCCCAACAUGCCCACGUUCGACCCAUCCUCGCUCUCCAACUAUCCCCGCUCUCCCACCUCGCCCAUCUCCUCCUCCACCAGCCUCUCGCUCGGCUCGAACGGCAAACCGCUCUACCUAUGCCACCCCUUCGUCACCGCUUCCCUGGUCAAAGGCUCUCUAAAAACCAUCUCCUCCGUCCCCAAAUACGUCGAUCCUAAAGAAUGGAUCGCCGUCAACCUCUUCGACUUCUUCAACAACCUCAACCAGUUCUACGGAGUCCUCACCGAGUUCUGCACCGUCACCAACAACCCUACCAUGUCCGCUGGUCCCGGUCUCGACUACACGUGGAUCGACCAGAACCGCAAACAGGUCAAGCUGCCUGCACCGCAGUACAUCGACUACGUCAUGACUUGGGUUGGGGGGUUGCUCUCGGACGAAUCCACUUUUCCGACAAAAGCAAGUCGUGAUUUCCCCCCAACAUUCCUCACCACCGCCAAGCACAUCUACAAGCAGCUGCUCAGGGUUUUUGCGCACAUCUACCAUGCUCAGUUCGGCUAUCUGGUUCACCUCUGUUGCGAGGGCCAUUUUAAUAGUCUCUUCGCCCACUUUUUGGCUUUCGGAACGGAGAAUAGGUUGUUCGACUAUAGGGAUUUCAGAGGCACUGGUGGUGCAGCGGUAGGCGGUGCUGCAGCGGGGGUAGGGAGCGGAUAUCCAGGGGUAUGCGAUUUGAUCGAGAGGUGGGUAGAGAUGGGCGUGCUUGGUCCAGAGUGUAUCGGCCAGAGAUAG